ACCCUACGGAGUACUUGAACCCCUCAUCCUAUCCUAUCCUGCCCUUACCAUACCAACCAAAACCUUCCAAAUACCAGAUCAAACUCCCACCGUUACAUUCCCCAUCCCUCAUCCCUCAUCCAUGACCUUCUACCCUGAUCGAUCUAAUCCUCUUCAUAACCUAAAAUAUCCCAUAACCAUUUUAAUAUAUAAAUAAGGAGAGUGUAUAUGUGCGACUAAAUUUCCUGCUGAUGACGAACGGGUGUACAGGCAUGGAGUACUGCGUAGAGUAUGGAGCUGAGGUGAAAGUAAGCGCUGAGUAUAUCUUUUCUAAACCUUCUAUUCGGUAUUGACGCCGUUAUGGAGCUUAGUUUAGCGUGUAGAGAGUACAGAGUACAUAGGUACUUUUUCAGCCGUCUAGUAUCUGGUCUCUGUCUAGGUAGGUAGGUAUGCAUUAUUGUUUAGAAUAGAGCGUUGAAGUUUAAAAGAUAUUAUCUAUCUGUCCGUCCAUUCAAUUACUUAAUUACUCAAUGAAUCGAUUAAUGAAUCCAUCAGUUAAAUCUCAAUCCAAUUCCCAAUCCCAAUCCCAAAUCCCGAAACCCAAAUCCCUAAUAACCGUUAGGGCCAGCUAACCUGACCAUCCUCAUCCUCAUCCUCAUCCUUAUCCUCACAAUCCAACCUCUAGGUCACCCAUCCAUCCCCACCACAACGCGGCCACCCCGAAACCCUCCUUCGAAUUCCCUCCUCUCCUCCUCUUCCCUACCUCACCUCCUCAAACAAAACAUUGUAACCGGACACCGAGACCGAGGACAGCCUCGCCAGUGGCCACUCAUGAUUACUUACCUAGUACCUACCAAAAAUCACCACAACACCGAAAAAGUCGAAAGUGCGACGAGAGAAGAAAAAAGAAAAGAAAAAAAGGACAAACAAGGAUCCCAAGUAAAUCAAACCCCGAUAAAGUAAUACGCUAGAAAAGAUGCCAACACGAUGGAUGGAGUAAAUGAAAGAAUGUCCAUAGCGUCUUCUAGAAGUUUUCCUCUUUUGAAAAAAAAAAAUUGGAAUUUGGAUGUGGGUAUGGAUGGAUGGGUAUGUGUGGGUUACAUGGGAGGGAGGGAAGAUGGGAAUUAAGGUUCCGGAGGUAUUGUUCUCCGUAUGUGUCUGUGUACAGUGUAUGGUAUGUGUGUAUGCGGUGAGAUGGUUGCGGGAUUAUUUUCGGGUGGUGUUUUUGCUUUGUUUUGGGUGUUGGUGGUAUUUAUUUGUAAAUGGUGGUAGAGUUUAGAGCGAUUAUGAUAAUGAUAAUGAUAAUGAUAAUGAUUAUGAUUAUGAUUAUGAUUAUGACAAUAAAAAG